CAUCACACCCCCUUCUUUCAAUCAAACCAAUAACUGAAAAAAAACAAGACGUUUCUUUAGAAAGAGAUAACUGAGACCUCCAUUUUUUUCUCAAUUUCUCCUAAUCUCACCCACCGGUGACCGGAAAAAAAUGUACGCCCAGUGGCCGAUUCCGGAUGCCGCCGACGUCGCCCUCCUCGAAUCGAUCCGCCACCAUUUGCUCGACGAUUCGACCCCCUUCGACUACCCCUCGAGCUUACCUCCCUCCACCGCCACCGCCGCUGCCGCCGCCUCAGGCGGCGGCGGAGGCGGCCUCCCAUUCCACCCCGAGGACUCCGACGACAUGCUUCUCCACGCUUUGAUCCAACACGCCUUCCGGCCUCCGGCGGUGGCCGUCAAGAUGGAGGAGGCACCGCCGACACCGCCCGCGGUGGAGUUGCCGGCGGCACCGUCGAGGGGGAAGCACUACAGAGGAGUGCGGCGGCGGCCGUGGGGGAAGUACGCGGCGGAGAUCAGGGAUCCGGCGAAGAACGGGGCGAGGGUCUGGCUGGGGACCUUCGAGACGGCGGAGGAUGCGGCGCUCGCCUACGACCGCGCCGCCUACCGGAUUCGCGGCUCCCGCGCGCUCCUCAACUUCCCACUCUUGGUCGGGUCCCACGACGCCGCUCCGACGCCGGCUAAGAGGGCCUCGUCGGAGCUGCCGGGAAACCCCUCUUCGUCGCCCAAGAGGAGAAAGAGAGGGGCGGCCUCGGCCGGGCCAGUUUGUUCUCCGGCUCCCGCGCCGGUUCAAGUAUCGUCUCCGGCUCAGGCCGGGCUUGGGUCGGGGUCAUCCGGACCGCAGUCCCAACAGACGAGCGUCAGCAUGGAUCAGCUUUGGGUUAGCUAUUAGUGGGAAUGGGUGAGACAAGCUUGAGAUCUUUUGCUUCAGUCUCUCUUGAUGUAGGUUUUCCCUUGGGGUGCAAAAUAAAUUAGAGAGAUCCGAACGAUUUGUUUGAUUUGUUUACAUUUGUGAAUAAUAUGCAGACGUUGUUUAUUCUUUACAAAUGUCCAGCCUUUUUUGGUUCAUGCGAAAGCCCUUGUUUUACUACAUGAUGAAGUUCUACCCGACAAUAAAUUUCAAGUCGAUUCAAUUC